CGCCUCGUCUGAGCAACUUCUCUUCCGCCAGCGAGCGAGCGUCAUAAGCAAGCAGAGGACGGACGAGCCAGCCGGCCGGCCAGCCAGCGAGGAGCACAAUGAGCUCGGUGAUAACAGCUGCAAGCCGACGGUGCCUGGCAGUCCCCCUCGGUGGUCUCCGGAGGCACGUCGAGGGCUCGAGCGCCUCGGCAGCCGGAAAUGGUGGCCUGUACGCGCAAGCAGGAGUCCGUGACGUUCCGCCAGUGGGGCGGAGGUCAUACUCGACCGGGACGCAGUUGAACGACAGGCUGCUCUUCAGACAACUAUUUGAAGCAGAGAGCAGCACCUACACGUACCUGCUGGCCGACUCCGUCUCCAAGGAUGCCGUUCUCAUCGACCCAGUACUGGAGACCAUUGACAGGGACCUGAAGCUCAUUCGUGAACUUGGGCUCCAUCUGAAAAUAGCAGUCAACACUCACUGCCACGCUGACCACAUCACCAGCACGGGACUGAUGAAGACCAGGCUAGCCGGGCUGAAAAGCGCCAUUUCCAAAUUAAGCGGCGCCGCUGCGGACAUUCUGCUGUCCGAGGGAGACAGGAUCACUUUUGGAAACCAUUAUCUGACCGUGAGAGAAACACCGGGCCACACUGACGGCUGCGUGACGCUGGUGACGCAGGAUGAGUGCAUGGCGUUCACCGGCGAUGCCUUGCUUAUACGAGGAUGCGGCAGAACUGACUUCCAGCAAGGUUGCUCUGAACGGCUGUACACUUCCGUUCACCAGAAGAUCUUUACCCUCCCCGACCAGUGCCUCGUCUACCCGGCUCAUGACUACUUAGGUCAGACGGUGUCUACUGUCGGUGAGGAACGCACAUUAAACCCUCGCUUGACCAAGAGCCUGGACGAGUAUGUGGCCAUCAUGAAAAACCUGAAUCUUCCAAAGCCUUCUAAAAUCGAUGUUUCAGUGCCUGCAAAUCUGGUUUGUGGACUUCAUCAUGUUUGAGCGCCCUGUACAAGAGUGGACUUGAAUCAAAAGUAUUGCACAUUGUUGAUCAUUUUUGUAAAUACUCAUACUCCUAUUCAUUGAACAAUCCGUUUAUUUCUGUGGUAAACUGCUAAAACACCUCUCUGUGUAAUGUUCAUAUCCGAUAUGUCUGGAAUGGUGUCAAUUAAAACUAAAAAUCUUUCAAGCUUUUUGGACAGGUAAACUGAA